CUCUCAGGAAACUUUGCGCAUGCGUAUUGAUAAGCAGCGAAGAGUGGUCAAGUAGACGUUAACGUUUGAAAGUACGUGGCAGAAAGCUAAAAACAUGGAGGUAGCUGCUCUGGUUGCUUUGACUUUGUUAUUAGGUGCUUUAGUUAUUAUAGUCGCAUUAGCGGUGGGUAGAAGGAAAGAAGAGAUCCGAGAAGAGCAGGAGCAGGCGGCUGAGUUUACCGGUAAGAGCCUGUCGAGCUAACGUAAGUCUGUGAAUGAGGAGGCGGUGAGUCACCACCACCACUGUCAUACUAUCUCUGUGCUCUUUGGUCCAACGACUUAGUUCUCCCGUUUUCAUUCACAAAGAGUGUUUUCACGAAAAUAAUGUCCUUGUAAGCUGGAUUUAUCGUUCCCAACUGCACAAUGACUUUUAAAGCGAGUAACUUACAGGAAUUGAAGCAACUUCAAGUCACCUGUCGCAAGCCCCAAAAGGUUUCAUUGACGGACCAAUGGAGUUCAUCGUGCUGUUUGUGUGUUUGUUAAUAAUGCAGGAAUACUCCAACCAGCAAUGAUCUUAUAAAACCUGCACAAUCUAAUGCAAUCCAAUACAACUGCUCUAAUACAAACUGUUCUUCAGGAGUAGUUUUUAGAUCAAGGUCUUUUCAUUUAGUUUUACAAAUCAUAGUUUACAAUCAGAAUCAGAAAUGCCGAUACCGAUUAUUGGGGGAUCCGAUUACCGAUUAAUCGGCCGAUUUUUAAACAUUUUCAUGAAGUUAUAAAAAAUAUAUACAGUAGAUAUCAUCUACACUGUAGAUAUCACCUACAGUAUACUAGUAUACUUAAUUCUGUAGAUAUGCUGCGGGCUGCUGCUCUUCACGCCGACAGGAAGACUGACUGUUCAAACUCGGACCAGAAAAGCGUUUCAACUACUAGAGACGGCUUUGACCCUUCCUGUAGACGGCCUCAGCGUUCCUGGUCCAGUCCAGUUUAUUGUUUAAGUACACCCCUCGGUACUUGUACUCCUCCACAGUGUCCACUGGGACCCCCUGGAUGGAAACAGGGGUCACAGGUGUUUUGUUCCUCCUCAGAUCCACUAUCAGCUCCUUAGUUUUUGUCACAUUGAACUGCAGAUGUUUAAGCUCACACCACAUGACAGAGUUGUCUACCACAGUCCUGUAUUCACUCUCCUCAGCCUUGCUUAUGAGCAAGGGUUCAUUUGGGUCCAACAAUUAAACAAAAGUCCAACAGAACAGGACCAUAAAUCCCAUCCACCCCCCACAAAUACCAGAUUUAGAGAAUUUACAGAAUGGCAUACAUAGUUCAAAAUACAGAAUUCACUCAGCCAUAUUAAAAAAAAACGAUUAUAUAAUAAUAAUGAUGCUGACUGAGGACAACAGCAGAGGUUUACAGUACUAUAUUGUCUGCCUCCAUAUCUUCAACAAACAUUAAGAAAGGCUGAUAAAUGUUAAAAAAUUUUCUAGUAGACACCCUGAUUGUGUAUCUAAUCUUCUCCAACUUGAUAUGGUACAUGAUUUCCCUAACCCUAAUCCCUAACCUGGGGGUAUUAGGUCUUUCCAUUUCGAUAAUAUCAGUCUCCUAGCUAGCAGAGAGCAGGAGUAGUUUUUAAUGUCGAAAUGAUCUGUCAUGAUCGUUGUCCUUGAUUCUGUGUUCAUUAUUGAAGUGUUAAUAGUUGACUGGAGUGUACUGUAUUGAAGAUUUCCUUACAUUUUGCCCGCUUCAUUGACAAACAUGAGGGGAGCAAAAUAUUAAAAUGCGAAAUCCCUUUUUUUGCAAGACUGCUAGUACAGACCUUGCUGUCUCCAUCUCACCCCUAAUCUCAGGACAAGUUGAAGUGAGAGGUAGAACACAAGACAGGAAGCUGCAUCACAUAGGGCAAAACAAGUGGAUUACAACAGGCAUCCAGUCAUCAUGAUUAUUUCGUUGUGAUUGCAGCAAGCCAAAAUCGCGCAAGCAUGAAAAAGUUUCAGCAGAUCAGGAUGAGCUUGAGCCUCAGCAACUGCAGAGUUUUGAUAUGUCUGCAUAAAGUCAACAAUUUAAUAACAAUACCAUCAGUGUCACUCUAACACACGAGACUCUCCCAUUGACUCAACCCUGAACUAGUAUGAAAACUGUAUUAUUUUAACAGUCAAGGCAUGACUGGCUCUCUGAGUUGUCCUGUUUGUCUGGAGCUGUUAACAUUAUCCUCCUGAAUUUUCACAUUGUUUUGAUGUUUUGGUAAUUCCUUGAGGUUUCAGGAAUCCAUAUGUUAACUCAUCACCCUUGUGUCUUGCCUCUCAGCUGCAAGUAAUGUGACGAAGGCUCCUGCACCCAAGAAAGUGAAGCAAGAGAAGCAGCGCAGUCGUAAGGAUAAAGCCUCACAGCACACCUUCAGCCACCCGCUGUUGGCAUCCUCACUGAAGGUAAACAGGAACAUAGUCAAGACUGUAAGACACACAUCCAAAGAGCCUUGUUCUGCAAACAUACGUCUGUAGUUAUUAAGUCUUUGGACAUUCAAGAGUUGUGGAAAUAAGGAAAACAGAAAUAUUCACAGUUUUAUUACUGAACCACAUGCAAAAGUACUUAAUCUUAAUUAGCUGUUUAGUUGUAUCAUAAUCUCUACAAGCCACUCUAACUUAGUUACUCAUAAGUUGUUUUUCUUACCCAAGAUAGGGGGAGUGAUGACUCAUUGUACUUGUAAUCAUUUUUUUUAAAGAUUUAUGUCUGCUGUAGGGAAAGCAUCUCUUAUUGUCUUAUCUGUCCAUUUUUUUUUUUCUGAGAAUGUGUUUUUGUGUCUUGUUUUUAUUUCUCAGAGCCACAGUGGAAAUGUGACGUGCCUUGAUUUCAGCAGUAAUGGGAAGUAUCUUGCCUCAUGCGCUGAUGACCGUACAGUCCGGAUCUGGAGCACAAAGGACUUCCUAGACCGGGAACACAAGUGCCUGAGGGCCAAUGUGGAGCUGGAUCAUGCCACACUUGUCAGUUUCAGCCCGGACUCAAGGUCUCCUCACGUUUUUCUGUCUACUAAACUAAAUUUUUACAGACAUCAGGUUAGAGAAUUAGCUUCUGCACCCACACAAUCGCCGUCUUUGUUUGGGAAACUAGAAAGAAUGGCUCCUUGGUGAACAUCUGUCCAUUGAUUAUUCCUGAUUGUAAGUUUAGUUUUGUAAUUGAAGUUUAGCUUUGCAGUGGAAGUUAGAGGGUGUGAUAUGGUCUGGAUUCCCCAUCAGUGUAAAGCUUGGUUUAAUGUUUACAAUCUGAGGUGUCAGAGAUGUCACACCAAAUACCCAGUAAACAACAUAAUGAAAGUUUGUGACCAGGUAAACUGAGAAAUAUAUUAAAAAAAAGAUGUAUUUCAGAAAAAGGGUGAGAAAACAAAUCUGAGAUGCAGUUUCAGAUUCUAUCAAGACUUUGCAAAAGUAUGUUGCAUUUGAAUUAAAUCAGUCACCAUAAUUAAAACUAAGUAAAUGUCUGUCAUUAAUUAAUCUCUAUUAUCGUUCCAGCACUAAUUUCAGAUAGGAAUAUGUAAAUUGUGUUUUAAAGUUAAGAGACUAAAAGUUCAGCCAGUUAUGUGAUAAAUAAUCUUGUCAGUAAGAUUUUCUAAAAAGCAGUCAACUUCAUCUGAAAGAGUCAUACAUAUAGUGAUAGUUUACUGUUUUAAAAAUGAUUCAUUUGUUCCUCUUGUCUUUUAAAUCAUAGUCUUAUAAACUCCUUCAGAAAAUAUUCUUUAAAAAUUGAAGUUUUUUGUCAGUAAUCAACAGGAAAAAAAAUUGACAGUACCUUUUGUUCUCACAGCAAGUCCUAGUAAUGUUUCACUGUCUCGCCAAACAGAAACAGCAUUGGUAGACCCAAUGAUGAUGAUUCAAGCACAUCCCUCACUGACUCUCAUCUCGAUUGCGCAGGGCGUUUAUCACCUGGUUGGCAAAUGGAGACACGAUACGAAUCUUCAAAAUGAUCAAAAAAGAGGACGGCACCUUGACUUUUAAAGCUGCCCCAGAGGACUUCCCACAGAAGCACAAAGCACCCAUCCUCAACAUCGGCAUCGCAGAGACAGGUACAGAACACACCGAGUGUCUCCAAUGCUGUUGAGACAAUCUGCUUAAUCUUACCAGCAGCAGGUAAACACAAACUUGACAGUGUUGAAUUGAUUUUAAAGACAAAAUCUCAGAGAUCUGUCUGUGAGCCAUAGUUUAUAUUAAUAGAAGAUGAUGGAUCCUGUUUUCGUUCAGGAGCUUUAUAGACCUGCGUUGUCAAGUUUGGUUGAUGUUUUGUUUGUUCUCUUCAGGCAAGUUUAUCAUGAGUGCCUCCACCGACACCAGCAUCCUCAUCUGGGAUCUGAAAGGAGAGGUACUGGCCUCCAUCAACACCAACCAGAUGACCAAUUCCUAUGCCGCCAUCUCCCCAUGUGGCAGGUUAGUACCAUCCUCCAUCACUGAAAACGUGUCUGUUGAAAGAUCAUUAAAGGAUCUCUCUGAUUUUUUACAGUCUAAAAAUGUGCACGGAUAACUUUUAAGGGUUUGUGUUUUCUUUUUAUGACAUUCAAAAGCCAAAAGUAGAUUUAAUGCAUACUGUAUGACUUGUUUGGAGGUCUAACUGAUUCACGCCAUGUGUUCCAGGUUUGUUGCAUCGUGUGGUUUCACUCCUGACGUGAAGGUGUGGGAGGUUUGCUUCGGAAAGGGAGGAGAGUUCAAAGAAGUGGCUCGAGCUUUUGACCUGAAGGGCCACUCUGCAGGAGUUCACGCAUUCGCCUUUUCCAAUGACUCACACAGGUAACGGGAGCUUUUCUGAUGACAAUGCUCAGUCAAAGAAUUCUCAUGUCUUCACACUAGAGAUGACUCUAGAGCAGCCCGCCAGCAUUAGUCGUAGCAUAGAGCUAGUGCUGAAAUACCCUAAAACAAACAAGCGAUCAUAAAGAUUAGAUUAAAGAUUUGUUUAUUUGUCAUGUGCAUGUUAAACAAGGUCAACAGUGCAAUGAAAUGCCCUGGAUGAGAGGACCGCCCACGCAAAGGAGUACAGAUGAAACACACAAGAAGUACUGAGAGGAAUACAAUAAAAUAAGGAUACAGAAAAUAUAAAAGACAUAUAUAAGUAUUGCAGAAAUAUUUACAAAGUGCACAAGCGAUGCAGUAGGUGUUGAGUGUGAAUGUAUGAAAUGGGGGGUAAGUCGGUGGGAUAAAUGAGGUAUGAAUUGCCAUAUGGCACAUGAUGAAUAAUGGUGUACGAAUUGCUGUAUUGCACAUCACAGAUAAUAUUGCACUGUUAAGUAGGUUAUUGUCGGUGGUACUGUCAGGAGAUUAAAGUACAAUGAUAAACAUGGAGGUUUUCACAGGGAGUUAUGUGCAUUACUCAAAAGGUGAAUAAGAGGCUGUGUCCUCAGUGUGGCUUUUAUUGAAUGUCACUUACAAAACUGCACCUAUUAUGAAUACGCGGCUGUGCAACUGUUUUCUUCUUAAUUCAGAAUGGUGACCGUCUCCAAGGAUGGGACAUGGAAACUCUGGAAUACAGAUGUGGAGUACAAAAAGCAGCAGGACCCCUAUCUCCUGAAGACCGUCCCCUGCGCGUCAUCUGAUGGCAGCCGGGUGGCUCUGUCUCCAGACGGCCGGGUGGUGGCUGUCAGCGACGGCUGUAAUGUCACCAUGUACAACGCUGCCAGUGGAGAGCUGGAGGAGGAGAUGCAAGGCGUCCACAGCGAGGAGAUCACCGACAUCAGAUUUGACAUUAACGGGCGCUUCUUGGUAUGCAGCGGGGAUAAGGCCAUCCGAGUGUUUCACAACGCCCCCGGCUACAGGGCGUCCAUCAGAGACAUGCAGGACAUGCUGAAGAAGGCUCAGAACGAGGCCAUGAAGCAGAGACUGCAGCAGCAGAUAGCAGAGGCUCAGAGCGCCUUGGACACUGUGCUGGUUGGACCUGUGGACUAAAAUCACCCAAAGAAGCCAUUCUCUAAAUGUGAAAGUGUCUGAAUCGGACUGCUAAUCUUUUUUCAAUUCUGUUUCUGACACUAAGUGAUCUGGUUUGGGAUCAGGAUUUGCAUGCGGUUUUAAUAAAGAAUAUCUUUUUAUGCAAAUGAGUGGUUUAAA